AUGAUGCCGGAACUUCCAGGGGAUUUGGUAGAAGACAUACUCUCUCGCGUUCCAGCUACAUCGUUAGAACGGUUACGAUCUACAUGCAAGCCAUGGGACCGUUUGUUCAACGACAAGAGAUUCACAAGAAAGCACUUCGAUAAAGCCCCCAAGCAGUUUAUGUUUAUCUUGUUGAAGAACCGUAUGGUUUGUUCCAUGAGCAUCAAUCUCCAUAAAGUUCAGCCUCAAAAGGUUACAGAUGAAGUUAGUCUAACCGAUCUUCAUUCUAGUUUAGAUCAAAUCAUGGAUUAUGACGAUUGUCGAGUCUUUCACUGCGACGGCUUAUUGUUAUGCAUCAACAGGGAGUUUAAUGAUAGGCUCGUGGUGUGGAACCCGUGUACUGGUCAAACCAGGUGGAUCGAUGCUUACAAUAAGUACGCCACAUAUGCUCUCGGAUCCUACCAAGACAAAACAUGUGGUAAUAGCUACAAAAUAUUGGGCUACAGCCUCAACGACCGAUUCGGAAUAUUUGAGCUCAACUCUAACUCAUGGAGGUUUCUUGAUUUCACUUUGGACUUCCAUUUACCGCCUCUUCAUGAAGGCGUUUCUUUGAAGGGAAAGACUUACUGGAUCGUUACAAAUGGAAAAAAGUUCGACACAUGGAGUGCUGAUGUUGAAUUCCUAAUCACUUUUGAUUAUACAACAGAAAGAUUUGAACGUCUAUUAUACCUUCCGCGUCUGAUUCCAUAUUGCCAAGCUCUGUCUCUAUCCGUUGUUAGAGAAGAGAAACUUGCCGUGUUAUUAAAGUACCAUGAGACAGAGAUAUGGGUGGCAGAUAAGAUUGGUGAGACCAAAGCGGCGUCGUCUUGGAGAAAGCUCUUAGUAGUUGAUUUUAAUAAUCCUUCAAUUUAUCUUUGUAAAGGCGGAAGUUUCUUGGUCGAUGAAGAGAAGAAAGUCCUCGUGUGUUGUGAUUACUCUAACACGAUAUGUAUAGCUGGAAAGAACAAUAAUGUCAGAAAACUGAACUGCUUACGAGACGUAUCAACUUGGCAUCCAUUCUUGUUUAAUUAUGUUCCAAGUUUGACUCAAAUCUAG